UAUUUAGUUGAUAAACUUCUAGUUAAAUAAAAUGAAAUUAUUACUUUCUGUGUUUUCUAGUGCUUUGUUGUUACUAUUUUCCAAUGAAGAACAAUGUGAAAAUGAAGUUCUAUUGACCGAUUUUUCAAUAGACGACUGUAUUGCAAAAAAUACUGAAAAUACUACUUACUAUUAUUCUAUUGAUGAAAAAACGUGUAUUCCUGGUUGUACAGAAUACGAUUAUGAUGGAUAUUACCGACGUAAUUGUCCAUGUGUACCUGGAUAUGUAUGCGAAAAGAGGUGUUCUGGAAGUAAUGAAGCAGCCCAAUACAAAUGUAAAGUGGAUACAGAAUGCAAAAAGUUUCUCAGAUCAAGAUGUCUUCCUCAAUGCAUAUCAAAUGAUAAUACAUGCAUGUCUUAUUAUGCAAAUACCUCCGAUUUUUCUUACUCAAAAUCAUCAGCUUGGUUCAAACCGGAUUGUCAGAAUGAUGGUUUUUGGAAAUCAAAACAAUGUAAAGGUGGAGUUAAUGGAAAAUGUAUCUGUUUUGAUAAAUUUGGUACUAGACUAUUUGGUGAUACUUUUUAUUCCAAAGCAAAAGAUAUGACAUGUGCUUGUAGUCGAAGAAAAGCUGAACUUAUGGCGGAUGGUCGAAGUUUUGUAGCUUUUCACUGUAACGAUCUUGGUAAUUUCGAGAAAUUACAAUGUGACAGCGGCGUUUGUUGGUGCGCCGAAGAAAAAACUGGAGAACCGACUUCAAUUAUCGUACCGGAAAAGGCGAUAUUUAAAUUGCCCUGUUACGACGUUACAACUGUCGGUAGUCAAUAUUUGAGACAAUGUGACAGUGCUAAAUAUGCCAUGACACAAAUUGAACGUACCUUAAAAAACCAUGGUGUUACGUUUAUAAAUCUAGGUGUUAGAUUAUGUGACGGGGAUGGUGCUUUCGGACUUUACAAUAUAUCAGAUGGCAUAGCUUACUGCACUUCACGAGAUGGUAAGCACAUAGGUGGUUAUCAGAGUGAUUCCAGUACAAAUCUUCAAAAUAUGACUUGUAGGUGUGCCAGAGAUUACUAUAAAUAUCAUCAUACACUAACAUGUGAAAGUAAUGGAAAUUACAGGGCAUACCAAUCUGUUAUUCAAGACGAGACCGACUAUAUUUAUUGUGUUGACAGUGACGGAUUUCAAAAAAGUCCCCUAUCAACUGAACCACCUGAUUGCACCAAAUAUAUAUAAGAUUCAAACAUAUUCUCAAGUAAUCCGUAAAGUCUAGUCUGACUGAACUGAAAAUGAAGAUACUUUAUCCAUGUGUAAAUUAAGCAGCUUUAAAAAUUUUGUGUAUUUGCCUGUUAAAUAAUCAUUUUUCGGUAUGUUCGCUGAUCCCUUCAUUUUCUCCUUUCACUUUAUUGAUUUCGACUGUAUAACGGAAGCUAAUAUGAAUAACGAAAUUUAAUUAUCAAGUUUCCUUAUGAUAAUUUGAUCAAGAUUUUUCUUACUAAUGGUGUUAUAAUAAUUGAUAUUACGUCCAUCCAUAUUACUGUCAUCAAUCUUGUAGUUAUUAUUAGUUUCAGAUCUUACAUAAAUUGAAAAAAUAUAUACUUUUAUAUCUGCUA